AUGAUCGGUCCAGUGCUCAUCCUGCCGGCUACCUGCGUUCAACCAAAGCCACGUACCUGCGAGUUGCUUCACAGGACGUCCAUCUCCAACCAUUAUUCCAGUCCGGAGAUUCCCGCCAUGGCACUGGCGCCUAAGGAAUCGCCGGUCUGCUCGGGGAGGCCGUCUUGUUCUGGAAUUCGCUUAGUGCACUUCGCGCAAGAUUUUCAUGCUGGAUUUCCUUUCGGCGUCCGCGAGGGAUUUGGCCCUAUGGAACGGCCUUCUGACCGGCGUGUCAUCGAGGCCCCUCUCACUGUCGGGUUAGUGGAUGCCACCUUGUCAUCAAUCCCAUUAUUUCCCCUUCAUGAACGAAGAGAAGACAAAAAAGGCCCAUCCUCAGGCUCGCGCGCUAACACUAGUAAUGAUCUAUUUUGGACCGGGCGCGGAUCUGAUCAAGAGCAGGAGGAUGUCGGUCAAUGCCGGAUUUGCCGAAUGAGGGCAAGGUUGUCGCCUAGGCGUUUUUUGCCCUCAAAUUGGCCCCUUCGUUCUUCCCUCUCGUCUUUCCCCUUUUACCUGGGUUCCUCUUCGAUGGUCCAAUGCCCACACGAGGAGCUGUGGCUAUGGGCAGGCGCAGCAAUGGCUGGUUGCAGUCCUGAAACGAUGGGGUCGUUCUCACCUGUGUUUCACCUAUAG